GACAAAGAGAGCCAGAACAAAACUCAGAGGUCCCAUCAGAGAAAAGAAUCAGCUGAACCUGAACCUGGACCUGAACCCAGCUGUGUGUCCUCAAAGAGUGAUGAGUCAAAAGAACUUGGUACUGUUUUUAAAGAACAACCUGCAUCUGAGUGAGUUGUAGUGACUUUUAUACUGGCGAGCAAUCUGAUGUAAUUUAGUAAAGGAGAAACUUUAUUCACUGUUGUUCCACCAAAGACUGAUUGUAACAAGUAUCUAAACCUUACUUAGUCACCACUGAGAAUGUGGAGUCCUGGUGAUACCACGCUUCCAUAAGACACUGAUGUCCUGACAUUUAGAAUCACCACUUGAAUCACCUGACACAUCACCUGUGAUUGGCUCCAAUCUAAGUCACUAAUGCUAGAGACGUGAAAUAAUAUUAUUAAUUAAUUUAACACAAGAAUCAAACAGUUACACAAAAAGGGUAAUAUUGGCUCCCGCCCCAAUUGUGUAUGCUCUCCCAGGGGAUGGGUCAAAUGCAAAGAAUGUGCAAUUUCCCUGCUGUGUGACUAAUUCAUUUGGAUUCAAUUCAAUUCAAUUUGUUUAUAUAGCACCAAAUAACAACAAGGCACACUCAAGGCACUUUAGAAGCAACAGGAAAAACUCCCUCUCUAACGAGGAAGAAACCUCCAGCAGAACCAGGCUGGAUGUGCGCGGCCAUCUGCCUUGACCGGUUGGGGUGAGGGGAGAGAGAGCGAGAAAAGCAGCAACAACAAUAAGAAACAACAGAGCACAGGCAGGAUGGUUGGAUCCGCAGCUGGCUAUCACAGAGACAUAGCACUGAGUCUGAUGAUACCUGUAGGUGAGGACAGAACCACAAGUAGCUCAGCGCUCUGAGAACGAAGCGUUCUGCUGGGAGCAUAAGGAGCUUCAUCAUUAAGUGCUUUGUAGGUGAGUAGGAGAAUUUUAAAUUCUAUCCUACAUUUUACAGGCAGCCAGUACAGAGAAGCUAAUUUAGGAGAAAUGCGAUCUCUCUUUUUAAGUCCUAUCAGAACUCUGGCUGCAACAUUUUGAAUAAGCUGUAGGCUUUUGAAGGAGCUGUUAGGACAUGCUAUGAGUAAGCAGUUACAGUGGUCCAGCCUAGAAGUAACAAAUGCAUGGAUCAGUUUCUCUGCAUUGCAGAGAGAGAGGAUGCUUCUAAUUUUAGCUAUAUUUCUUAGGUGAAGGUAGGCGGAUCUGCAGAUUUGUUUAAUGUAUGAUGUAAAAGAGAGGUCCUGGUCAAACAUGACAUCAAGGUUCCUCACAGUAGAAUCUGAAGCUAAUAUUAUGCCAUCCACGGUGGCUAUCCCACUCAAUAGUGUCUCUUUGUGAAUUUUAGGCCCAACAAUAGGAAUUUCGGUUUUAUCUGAAUUUAGUUGAAGGCUGUUUUGGGACAUUGAACUUAGAAUUUUGACAAGUUGAUCUGUUUCAUUUGGUUCCGAUGAUAAUCUGAUAAUCAUCUGCAUAACAAUGAAAAUUUAUAGAAUGCUUCCUAAUAAUAUCAACUAUAGACGACAUGUAUAGAUAUAUGCAGUAGUAUUGGACCAAGCACAGAACCCUGUGGUACUCCAAAGCUGAUCCUUGUGCAUAUGGAGGAUUUGUCGUUAACAUGAACAUGGAAUCUGUUCAACAAAUAGGAUUUAAACCUCCACCACUACAGGGAGUCUUACUGCUCACUUCAAACAUCUGCUCACAUCAAACAUCACUUCAUGGACCUUUACCUUGUGUGCAUCUGUGUGGACUCACGACUCAUUCUUCAUGGUUCCUCCAUAGAGUGGACCUGCAGAGCUCAGAGGUUCCCAGUUAUCAGUCUGUCCAGCAGCGCCAAACACACCUGGACUCCAUAUUUAUGCUGCUGGAGGAAAACAUUGUCACGUUUGUGAAGGAUGAGCUGAAGAAAAUACAGAAGGUUCUGAGUUCAGAUUACACAGAAUGCUUAGAGAGUCAGAGGGAGUAUGAGAAGGAGUUGGAUGGUGAGGAUGAAGAGCAGAGGAGGAGCAGCAGAGAUGCAUUUCUGAAGAUCACACUGAACUUCCUGAGGAGGAUGAAGCAGGAGGAGCUGGCUGACUGUCUGCAGAGCAAAUUUUCUGCUCCAAUUUGUCAGCUUCAACUAAAAUCUAAUCUGAAGCAAAAGUUCCAGUGUGUCUUUGAAGGCAUCCCUAAAGCAGGAAAUCCAACCCCUCUGAACCAGAUCUACACAGAGCUCUACAUCACAGAGGCAGGACCUGGAGAGGUCAACAAUGAACAUGAGGUCAGACACAUUGAAACAGCCUCCAGGAAACCAGUCAGACCAGAAACAUCCAUCAGACCAAAAGACAUCUUUAAAAGCUCAGCUGGAAGAGACAGAGCCAUCAGAACAGUGAUGACAAAGGGAGUGGCUGGCAUUGGGAAAACAGUCCUAACACAGAAGUUCACUCUGGACUGGGCUGAAGACAAAGCCAACCAGGACAUACACUUCACAUUUCCAUUCACCUUCAGAGAGCUGAAUGGACUGAAAGAGGAGUUCAACUUGGUGGAACUUGUUCAUCACUUCUUCACUGAAACCAAAGCAGCAGGAAUCUGCAGGUUUGAUCAGUUCCAAGUUGUUUUCAUCUUGGAUAGUCUGGAUCAGUGUCGACUUUCUCUGGACUUCGACAAGACUAAAAUCUUGACUGAUGUCACAGAGUCCACCUCAGUGGACUGACAAA